GAUAAACAAAAUAUAAUAGAAACUGACGGGUUUAAUUUACUAUUACCUUCAACGAUCCAUGAACGCAAUGUCUGGAUUCAGAGCUUACAGGGUGAUUAUUUUGCUGUUGGAUCGGGAGAUAGAGCAUUUGCUCUUCCCCUCAGAAACAGAUCAGCGAGCCACCUGACCCUUCCCGAAGACAUUACUGGUACAACUGCGAACCCAGUGAAGGUAGUGUCCCACAAAAAUCGCUCAUUAUUCUUGUCUGACGGUAAGGUACAUGUUUACCGGAGCAGCCUCGAUGAUUUUGGAAAUCUCCAGUUAUUCAAGACUGUUGUUCUAGGAAACUGCAAGGUUCUUUCUCCUUCAGCUUGUUCUCCCACUGACUACUGGGCAGAUAGCAUCGGCCCGGUAAUUUCCAUAAAUGAUAACCACAUCGCCAUGACUGGAAUAAAUUCUUCUACGAACGCCAGUGUUGUAUCUGUAUUCCAAGAGAAUGGAGGUGGUUGGAAGUUUGUAAGAACUCUAGGAGAAGAGAUGAGAGAUCCUGAUUUUGGUCAUUCCCUGUCUUUAAAUAGACGUCUUCUGGCAAUAGCGAGAGGGAACAAAAAGAAUUCCUGUAUAUCUGUCUACGCUGUCGACACGUCUGCCUUGCUAAUGACUAUCUGCUCUAAGGAUCAUAAAAACCUUACUGGCCAUCUGUCGGUACGCCUCACCGAAACUAACGCUCUCGUCGUGGUAUCUAAAGACUCCAAGGUCACUCAAGUGUUUCAGCUCAACACCACAACCUAUUCGUACAGAGAAGUAUGCCAUUUUAGUGUAGCGCCGGAUGAGAGCCUAAGUGGUUAUCUGGACGUCAACACCCGUAAUAAAGGUUACAUUGUUGGUUUGGGUAUGCUGACUUUAGGAGGACGCGAUGGUGUACGGCUUAUUGGUUUUCAUGCAGUGUACUCAAAGUAUAAAGAUGGGAAAUGUAUUAAUCUGGGAAGUGCCAUCACGCGGGAGAGUGGCUUGAGAGAAGAUGAUGGAAUUCCUCGUGCGUCUGUGUCCUUCAUGGAGAACAUAGUUUUGAUUGGCACUCCCAAUGUCCUAGCUUGGCCUGGGCAAGGGGAAGAUUUCGGAACUGGACGAAUCUAUGCAACUACAUAUUGCCCUGUUGACUAUGUUCGCGUCAGGGUUUCUCAUAUCAAAGGCUUAGGAUCGGUGGGAUGUGCACCUUGUGAAAAUGGGCAAAAGUCGUUCGGUGGCUUCGCAGAAAUGUGUUCAGUAUGCGAGAGGAUGACGUGCUUACAAACACCAGGCGAAGAUCCGUUUAGCUUCACGUCCAGUGUUUGUGAUUCGGUUACCUGUCAGUCUUCGUUAACCGUUGACAACAAAACAAAAGGAGUCACUAUUCACUUAGCAAAUGGAUCGUUUUUUGUACCCGGCUCUGAAAACCUUUAUACUAUCCAACUACUUGAAACAACUCGAGCAGACCAAUCAACAAGCUCUCUUUCGGAAUCAUUCAUCAUUGAUCCUACUGCUCCCGAAGCUGGUGUCGUCUACGAUGGAAUUGGCAGUGAUCCAAAUACGAACUGUUCCGAAAAUUCAACCUUUGGUGAGGACAGUCAGUGCUCUACUAGAAGUUUUGAAGAUACAGAUAUUGACUUUACAAACAACACGAGAGAGAUUCACGCCAGAUGGAUUGAAUUUAUGGACAGUGAAAGUGACAUUGUAGAGUAUUUUUGGUGUGUGGGAUCUCAACCAAUGAAAGAUGACAUCAAGGUCUGUGAAAGUACGGGAAUGAGACCAAACGGAAGUUACUACGAGCUAAACAUGCAGCAUGGAGACACUUAUUACGUUACCGUUGUGGCCUGCAACGGAGCCCGCAGAUGUUCAGCUAAUUGCAGUGACGGCGUUACCAUAGAUACAACACCGCCUGUCAUGAAAUACGUCAGGGAUGGAAUAAUGGGACCGGAUAUGGACUUUCAGGUUAAGUUAUAUUUUUCAUAUCUUUCUAUUUCUUAUAAAACAACAAAGUUUUAACACGUUUCUUUGUGCGUUUAAGUUUUGAAGUUUUAGAUUCUCGAUCAUGUUCGAAACUUAAGAGGUUAAAGGAGUCAGGUGGUUAAUAAUAUGCAUUGAAUAACAUUUUUAGGAAACUCUAUUAAGGGCGCGAAAAGGAAACAGGCGUCUACUACUAUAUUGCAACUGAUCACUCCCGAAAUCUAAGAGAAGGGUACUUUAAGAGAAUAAUGUUGAUACGAAGAGCGGAAGGAUCUAAAAAAAUAGUUUUCUGUGCCGCUCACACAAUCUAAUGUUUUUCCUUCUGCAGGUCUUCGUUGAUGUUAUUUUUGCAUACUUCGCCGCCAUUGAUCCAGAGAGUGGCGUGACCUCAUACGAAGUUGCCUGGGGCACGGCGGCUGGCUCGACUGAUAUAAAAGAUUUCGAAGAAGUUACCAAUACAACAAUAUGGCUAGCUAAGUUUAAAGACGACGCCCUUGAAAAAGGAAAGAAAUACUUUGCAACAGUACGAGCUACAAAUGGAGCUGGAUUGCUAUCAGACAAAUUUUCCUCCAAUGGAAUUGUGGUCGGAAAAUCAGAAUACACCUUUGAUAAUAAGUCUUCUGCUUCGUUUUUCUUUGACACUGUUAAUGUUAAUGUGAACGGAUCGCGUGAAGAUGGAGGAGUGGGACAGACAUAUGGGACAUUGACUGUACCCGAGGGAGCGGUUCAAGGGGAAGUAAAACUGCGAUCCUUCAGCCUGGAUAACGAAGAACUUAAGAAGAACACGACUGAGGAGGGUCCUGUUAGCAAUCCUAAAGACACUAAGCCAAAGGUAUGUAUCUCGAUAUGCUUACAGUUUAUGGCACCCCAUCUGCCUAACUGUUAAUGGUCCAACUGAUUAGAUACCCAAGUCUCUGAUCCACUAUAUACUGAUCUUAUCUGACCACACUGGCUGACUUACUAGCAAAUAAGGAGUAAUAGUCUUUACCCAUGACUGACAAGAUAUCUGCCCUACAGUUCGUUUGUUCGUUUGAUCCAGUUGAUCAGUCGUUAGCUACUAACCCGACUGACUGACUGACUAAAUGUCUUACAAUUUGGUCCUCAGGUUGAUCUAGCUGACCAACUGUUGGCCAGUUUCCUGCUUAAGAGCUUUUGGGUGACAGGGCAUUGUGUUUAAAUUUCUCUCUCCUUUUCCAUCCAUCCUCUCCUUCUCAGGCGAAUCAAUCUAAGGAGCAUUCUAUUCUUUUUGUUAUUUUAGUUACCCAAGUAAAUUAUCAGCCGCUUAUUCGCCGAUUACAUUCUUUAGGACAUAAUGAAGUACCUGAGUAUUAUGAAUAUUUUUAGGCAGUAGCUUUAGUGUCGGACUAUAAAUACCUUAAGGCUUUUAAGUGGCAUUUAUAACUGUACUGUUGUAAUCAUAUCCAAAGCACAGCACAUACCUAUAAUUUUUAAUCUCUAUUCUGGAGAAAAUCUUUCACUACCGAACACAUUUCCUACGGACCUAUCUGGAUGAGAAUACCCUAAAAGGAUGCACCACAAGCUUUUGGUUGUGGGAAUUCUUAAGGGGCUCGCUGGGGUUGACAACUAAAGAACCUUUUUCUGGUCUUUUCAUUUGGCAGCAAUUCAUGCUUGGCAAUUACAGUUUUGUCAUAAAAGCGUUGGACCCGAUCAAUAACACCGUCCAAGAAGGCUAUAAGUUCGUAAAGCCAAUUAAAAUUUCCAUGUUCUAUGACGUCAAUAAACUGGUCAAAGCCAACAAAAAGCACGUUAACAAUGAAGUCACCGAGGAAGAUGUCGACCCAGUGUUGUAUCUAUGGGAUUCAAGAAACGAAACCUGGUAGGUUUUCAUGUUUUUAGGCGUCUCUUGUUAGGUGUUUUAAGUACUACUCAUUACAUCAUCCAAGCGUAUCCGCACAUUUUGCCAAAGGCUGGAUGAAGAAAAGAUCACAAAGCUUUCGACCUGGUUACGCUCGCGUGUAACGCUUUGCUCGUGUUUUAAUUCAUUAAUUAAAUUGUAAUCAACAUUCUAAUAUUGAAUUCCAGACACUUUAGGGAAUUAAAAUGAGUUUAAGGCUAAUACCCGCACGAUUGAAUGCAGUUUAAAUUCUCCCUAAACUUCCUGUGGUUUAAAAGGAUUGAGAAGGAAGCUACAUGUGCACAGAAAAGACUGGGCGCUUGUCCCUGGAGAAUACGCCUUCAGGCACACUAAAAACGAGUUCCCUGAAGACCUAGAGAUAGAUAAGUUGCUUAAUAGGUGAAAGAUGGAGUUCGGAUUGUUAAGGUGCAUAGAUCCUUGUAAUCUCCAAUGUUUGCGCCAUAAGAAAUAUUUGUCCAUAACAGGUUUGACGCGUCCCUCACGUGUCCAAAGCCAUGGAGUCACGUGAACAAGACAAUCAAGUUACUAACAGUAGACGUGUGUCACUUAACUCAGUUCGCGUUUUUCUGGUCAUUUACGGCACAGCAUGGAAUGGUUCUGUUUGACAAGAACAGCUCAAGUAAGUACAGUAUGUUUGACCCAUAAAGGCAUGACUAAAAGUAGUUACUAGACAAGAGUGCUGUAGUUCCUUGCAGUCAUCGACUGUCAGUAGGAUGCUUCCUGUCCACUCCACAGUCUAGUAGCAUGACCCAGUAUACAGGUCUACUGAAAGCUGCAUUUUCGUUCUGUGCUGGCAUAGCACAAUCAACCACGCAAUUCACGACAACUGUUCACUGGUCUUCACUUUGAAUUGUUUCUAACCAACAGCAUCAAUGUAUAAAGGCAACGCUUUUGCAAUGUGUGCUGUGUACGGACAAUUAAUUAACAAUAAUUCCUUUCAUCCACUUGGCAGUUGAAAACGUUAAAGGUUAAAGGUUUGUUUAUAGUGGAAAGUGCACAUAGCUUAUACAGCUAGUUUACAGGCACUGCACUCAAACAAUUCCAGAAACAAAUGAUUCAAAUAGAACGUAACAGGAUUAAAAACUCCAACUGCAUGGUAUGAGGCAGCCAGUUGGCUAUUUAUAAGCGUGGCCGAGGAUCUGAACGAGGGACGACCGAGGGCAAAUCCAGCAAGUGGCCAGAGCGGGCCUGGAACCCGGGUCCGCCGGAUUACGAGUCCGAUGCGGAGACCACUCGGCCACGCUGUCUCCUUAGUAAGUGAAAAAUGUUAAUUUUAGUCGUUAAACGUUCUCUUAGACGUUGUGGCCCACUUUUUCAUGGCUGCGCCCUGAGAAGCGAACAAACAAACAUAACCUCACUCACUUGUUUUUCAGUUUACAACAAAGAGGGCGUUGUGGCAGUUUCUCGUGCUAAACAAGUGACCAAACUUGAAAUUCCAAUACGCAGAGCAAAAGGAUCACAAGGCAAUAUAACAGUGCAGUGGUCGUUAUAUCAGAAUGACUCAACACUUGAUAGAGAGCUUGUUUGGCCGACUUCUGGGAUGAUAGCGCUGGACGAUGGUAAAUGGAACGAAUCUUUCACUAUCAACGUUGCCGACGACAAGAAAAAGGCACCAGAGAGUGUUAUGUGGGUCCAGCUUGAUAAAACCUCGGGUGGAGCCUUGUUAGCAUCACGUGAUCAAACAAGGGCAAAGAUUAUGAUCAAAGGGAACAAAGAACCGAGUGGGACCUGGAAGUGGAUUGUCAUUGGCAGUUCUUGUGCUGCCUUGCUGCUGCUUUUGAUUAUUUUGUUCGCGUGGUGGAAGUGGAGGAAACACCACAGCACACUUAGGUACAGCAAUAUAAAUGUUUGAUUGAUGUUCAUUAGGUUCGAAAACAGCCUUUCCAACGCGUUCAGUCAAAGUAAGAAACAAUUCGAAAUGAAAAGCAAAGUUUUUUAAAGAAGUGCUUUUCCUCACUUUUCACUUGCCAGUUGCAUUUGGUGUACCGACGAUUAGGAGAAAAUAACUAUCUAUCCAGCAGUGGAUCUCUGUGGCUACAUUUCGUAUUAUGUUGACUGCUACACCGGUAAUUCUAACAACAGCGAUCGUAUUUACUACCUUUCACAGGGUGGAUGAAAGAACUCCCGAGGUCGAGUUUCCUUACUGCAAUUCCAUGAGCACCAAAAGGGAGACCGUACAGCCGCUCUCAAGAGACCUCGACCCGGGCGCAGACUCGGGUUCAGCGGAUUCUCUAAUGUGAGUAAUUAAUACCCAGUUGAACCUCGUCUUUCUCUUUAGAGGCGCAAGGGAAGUUUUCUUUUGAUGGACGCGAUUUUUAAAACAAAAAAAAAGAACUGCAAACAGUUAGGAGCUUCUACCGCCAUUCAGUCUCAUUUCCAUGCCCAGUGACCUUAAAAACAGCUGACUUUUUUAUUGUUGUCUUUUUUGUCGUUGUUCUCUAAUUCGGUUGAGCUUUUGCAACAAUACGCCGAAUCCUUGGGUUGACAUAGGUCAUAUAUCGCAGCACAUUUUAAUGAAAAUUCCCUCUAUAGUGAAUAACUUACUUACACUAGCUUGAAUGGAGAUAACAUUUGCUGACAAUUAUUACAAGAUAUAUACUAAACGAAAAUCCUAACAUUGGUAACAACGAUUUAGCUAUUCAACUUUUGCUCGGAAAUUUACUCGGAAGGUCAUCAAUCUUUUAUCACGUAGGCUAAAGUUUGGCAUAACUUCAUAAAGUAAGAGUGUUGUAGAACAAUAGCAAGUAUGGUGCAUUUUUUAAAUUCAUUCAAUUCUUUUUUGGUGUUACUUAGGGCCAUGUCCUCCCACUCUACUCCUGAUAUUCAUAAACAUGGGCGUGGUGAUGAAACAUUAAUACGCGAAGGCAAUGAUAAUGGGGACCGACCUGUCCCAACAAAAAAAAAGAGUACCAAGCGAAAGAUACCAGGUUGGUAAACGCCGUUGCUAGAAGUAAACUCAAAGUCUUAGACACAGCGUAUUUGAUUCCCCUCAUCGUUACAAAUCUCUAUGAAAUAAGGCCUGCAUGAGGCUUAACUGUAUAAACUUCACUCCUUUGUUUGCUUUUCUUGUUGUUGUUGUUGUUGUUGUUUGUUUGGGUUUUUUUCUUCAUUGCCUCGGUGUGUUAUCGAAUCAAUGGAAACCACGGCUCCAUAAAAAUUAAUCAUGCAAUCGACUUCCCCUUAAGGCAGCACUAUAUAUAUUUUUAACCAAUGUAAUCGCUUUAAUGGGCCACGGUGAAAGCAAUUUGUUUUAAGUAAUGUGUGGUAUACUGCCAGGUCUGUCGCGGAUGCGAUCAAGAGAUCGGUAUCAGCUGGGCCCGGUUUUACCGGGAGCGACGCCAGCGAGCAGUGAUGAUGAGAUGGAAACUUCUUUUACAACCUUCAAAGAAAUGCCGAAGGGCCUGGUGAACCCUUUGUACGAAGCGCCUUUCAUCAUCCCAUCUGCCACUAGUUCCGAUGGUGAAGAGCACCCAGCACUGGUAGAUGACUUAGAUGGGAGGGAAAGGGGAAGACUUCGUGCCACAAAGAAAAAACGGUGAGGAAAUAGUUUCAGCGCACUUACAACUAAGGGACUGUGCAAUAAUUACCUGGAGGGGGAGUGGGUUGGAAAAUUAGAAGAGGGGCAUAGGAGAAAAUAACAACAAGAGAGAGGGGGGCUGGAUGCAAAAUUUAAUACAUUCAGGGGAGGCAUUACUUUUUCUUUCGUUUUUGCAAACUGGAAAAGUAGUGGAAGAGUUAUUAGAGUUCAAAUAUAAAUACUAACAUUGGAAUAAAACUGAUAAAUUUGGCAACUCUAAGGUGUUCUGAUCUAUGAACUGUUGUUUUCCUAUCUGUCAUGCAGUAGGAAAGGAAUGCCUCUGUUAUAUAUGUUAAAAUAGUGCUACUUUAUUUGCACUUGAAUUUAAUAAAACAGGAAACUUUAAUUAAAAGUUGCAAAAGUAGCACUAUAAUGUUAUUCAAUGAAAAAGAAAGAUGCCAAUGUUAACACACAUGACAUCAUAAUUUAGCAGAAUGAAAAACCCAACUUUUGAAAUUUUAAUAGCGAAACAAAUUUAAAGUAUGGUAAAUAUAACACAGUAUGAUUAAGUGAGCUUCAAAAAAAAAAGCUCAAUCAGACAGGAAUUCCUGAGCUGUCACCCACACUCGCGGGAACCUUAGUGCCAGAGGUGCUGUAGAAGAUGAGGAAUCUCCCAAUUCAUGCGAAGACGACAGAAGCUCAGAGUCCAGUGAUUCUGAUGACUCUUCAAAUGACUCUUCGACAUACGUCGAAGAGUUAUUUGAAGUGAUGUUUCUACCAGACAUGGGAGGAAACUUUUUUUAAGGCGGCGGGGGGGGGGGGGGGGGGGGGGGGGGGGGGGGAGCGGGGGGUUAGCCUUAAUAUUAUCAUUAUGUGAGGGGGGGUUGAAAUUAAUUUUUGCUUAAUGCGAGGGGAGUAUGACUUAGUUUUGGGGCGUAUUUCACCCAUUUCCCAACUCCCCCUCCAGGUAAUUAUUGCACAGUCCCUAAUGUAUGUGGCCUAUGGCUGGAGUACGUUAUUUGGUGGAAAUACGACCUACGAUUUACAUUAUUUCUCUCAUUCUUUCUCAAUGGGAGAAAAAAAGAAGCAAAACAUCGGCGAGCGAAGCGAGCCGGCCGGUAGUAUGGCGAGGAAAAGAGUGGCCCUUUCCCCCUUCCCAGACAACCGCUCGGCUCACUUCGCUCGCCAAUAUUCAUAUUUUUCCUGUUUCUCCCCGUUUUUUUGGGCCUUUUUCCACUACUGCAGAGCCUUGUCCCAGGCUAAAUUUCUGUUGAUGAUUAACUCGACUUAAAUAUCAAUCAUGUCUCCUUUAAGUUACUUUCUUAGUCCGCACUUUUUUAGUUACGGUCCCAUGGAUCCCCGAGAUUGGGCCUUAACUCCUACUUUACCCCACCCCUUCCGAAUAGAAUAGUCCCGAGAGUUCAGCAACCAAAUGUCCAGACACAAACCGCUUUAAACUUUGCGGCCUAGGGGAGGUGUGUGUGGGGGAGGAUUUCCUUCGUAGUGUCCCCUUUAUUUUGUCCGAGGUUGCGACUCUGGUUACCUUCACAAGUGUACCCCGUCCAAACCAAAAUCCAGGACUUUCGAAGACAAAUGUCCAACAACGACCCUUUUCAACUUUAAGGGGAAUAGGGGAAAGGUCCUGUAAAGUUUUCCAGCUUUAUUCCUGGGAUUGAAGUUAUUCUCUUUUUAUUAGAGGUGUUGACGAUCAAGGUAAUCCCGAUGAGGCAAGAAAGAAGGAUUAUAAGCCGGUUUUGCCUUCAUCAAAGCCGGUAGUCCCUCUGGUAGAUGAUGCUGAUGAUACCAGCCAGGAAAUCUCACGGGAGGAGGAGUGACAGCUAUUUUUUUUAACUGCUUAGGUUCGCAUAAUUUGCAAGUAGAGUAGUUUCCGCGUAAGAACACGUAGUUUAUGAUAAAGAAAGUCAGUUCAAUUGACAAAGAGCACAUCUGUUGUGCGACGGCCUAGAGUUAGCGUUGCCCUGAGGCCCCAUAUAUUUUAAUUAAUCGUUCUUUCUCAUAAACUUGAAGCCCUGGGACCUAGGGAAUAGUUCAACGAACUUGAAGCUUGCUACGUCGCUGCGACUGUCGCGGCAUGCUUCGAGCAUCAAUUUCGUUCAAAUAGAUAGAAGGAAAACCUCUCACAAUUAGGUUGACGUUCUCAUAGACUGUUUGUAGACUGUCGCUUUGAGUUAACGUACAUUUAACUGGUUCUUUAACCUCCAUUUACAUAUUCUUAAAACAAUGACAAUUCUCGUCAGUAGUUUAAAACCCCGGCGUAGGGAAGUCGUAGCCGGUGUAUCCGACUCUGAAUGUGUGUAUUUUCUUGCUUUUACUUUGUUUGCACUUCAGCGUUUAAUAUGCUAAUAAAGGCUGGUAACUCGAAUUUUCCGUGCGUAAUUUCUUUCGCUUUUGAUAAAAAGAAUAUCUAAGGGAUCUAACUCACUUGCUCUUCUCUAUUAGCCUGUGCACAGACGCCCCCCUCCCCUCAGAAAAAAUCGGCUAUUUUCGAUUCGAUUUCUAGACUGACAUGUCAUCCGUCAUCCAUCCUAACGGGGCGGCGAAAGAGACAACGUCUCUGCCGGUUGCGGGGUGAGGCGAAGAGACGGAUGACAUUUCAGACUAUUCGAUUUAUGACCGUCCACGGAUGGUUUGUUUUCCCGACAAUUGAAUUUCGUUUGAGAAUGACAGUGAACUAACUUACGGUAUUAUUUGACAAACUUUGGCAUUGCAUUUGCGUUUGCGUUGCCUCGUUUCACACAAUUGAAGUGCAAACACAAGCGUGAAUGCAAGCAGAAGGAAAUGACAUUUUUUUGUAUUUCUUGCUUCGGCGCUUGGUUGACCGCUUGGUUUUUUAUUUCCAUUUCACACGCAACCUAAGAAGAUCCUGGGGACGGGGUUGAUUCACACGUGUUGCGUUGAGUUGCGUUACGGCUGUUGCGUUGUAUAGUGUUCGCAUUUACGCAGGGUCCAGGCUCCACACAGAAAACAAAGACCCCAGAGAUUCAUGGGACACUUUCAACGCGGUAUUUUUGUUCUGUAAUUUGUAGCAGCUUUCACGAAAUAUCGGAGGAAUAAAAAGUUUCUUCAAAAAGAGUUUCUCGUAGAGGAGUUUCUUAAGGAACUUUUCUUCUUAUUUUCGUUUUGCCGUAGCGCGAAUGUGUUUGCACAGUCUUGGCGAUACCCUUUAUCCAUCCGCAAGGAAAGGACCCAAUACACAACGAAAGUAUUCUGCUACAUGUACAGCCUCCAGGUACGUUUUAUUUAAACAGAGAGAGGUUCUUCGAUUAAUUAAACAGUCAGUGAAUGAUUGGACACGAGAUAAACGAAGUCAACGAACUUUUUUGUCGUCUUACAUGACUAUUCGGGUGGUGUAAAUUUUAAUCGGCCAGUAAAAUACUCGGACUGCGGCCUGUGGAUUACUGACUCCGGACUGGGUUCCACUGGUUCCUAAACGAAGGUUACAAUCAUGUAAGUGCUGCAAGCAGAUGCUUAUCUGACAAGCGUCAUACUUCUCGAUCAUGAAACAUACUGGAAAAAUUAGGGAAUUUAUUUGGAAACAGCAUCCUUUUGGAAUUAUGAUUGUCUACACUAUAGGUGUGAAGGCAUUAAUUUGUGUCCUUGCAUUAUGGUCAUUUUAGGUGAUCUAUAAGACACAUAAAUUCUUGUACAUGUACAUCCUUCAGGGCAAGUCUUCAGGGCAAGAAAUAAGGGUGCAUUUCUUUACUAAUGUCCAAAUCCAGAUUUGUAAUCCGAAAACAGAUAAUUAUAUUUCGUUCCUUUACUAAAAUCCAAAAAUGCAUUGUUGAUCCAAAUGAUCCACAACGGAGGUGGAUUCUUUGGAUUAUAUUUAAAACCAGAUACUUUGGAUACAUGAUCCGAAGGGUUUCUUUACUAUGGAUCCAAAAAGAGUGAAUACAGCCACCGAUAACUUGAAAUAAUUUUAAUACAUACAGCAGCUGUUGACAACACUGUAAUCUAAUCUGAACUCGAGGCAUGCAUUAAGUGAUCAAUUUUAUCCGUUUUAUCCGGAGAGACAAAACUACACAACUUCUCCAGCGCGUCUUGCAGCAGUUUACUCUUCCAGUAAAUAUCUUAUUUCAGCACUCAUCUUCAAGCAGUGUCCUUGAGCUAACUGUCCAGAUUAAAAUGAAAGAUCAGCAAAUUUGCAACAUCAUCAACAGCCGUGUAAUUCUCUCUCAACGAUACCGUCAAUACUGUGGGUCGUUUCUAUGGAAAUGAAUGAAAAAUAUUCCUUUUUCGAAUACAUUGUUUCUUUUCUUAACAAAAAAUUCUGAUGAUCCGGAUUUUUAAUCCGAUCUCAGAUUUUAGUCAAGAAAUGCACCCUAAUUUUCAUUAUACUAGGUAAAAAAAAAUACACUAAAUAUACAAUUACGUUAACUGGUGUGCAAGAAAUGACAAUUAUAACCUUUGAUAAAAAAUACUUCUGCUUUCACUGAAUUGAGGCAAUAGCUAAUUCUUCCAAAUACAUGUAGUGUUCUUACCCAGAAAGGUACAUGCAUGUCUGCAACUCAUUGUUGUGACAGAGCAGUAAAGUAACAGGAACAAUACUCGACAAAUCCAAAGGUAUAGUAGAAAGUGAUGAGAAGUUUUUCAGUAAAACUUUAUGUUCAAAUCCUUUGUAUUUUGUGCUAUUUGCCAUAUUUUUAAAAACAUUUUUGCAUCAAUUUAUUGAUUUAUGUGUACAACAAUAAUCGUAUAGUUUUGUUAUUUACAUGUAUAUGACUUAUAAUAAUAUAUAGGCAUUGAAACUGUUUCCUGUCGUCUGUUGCAACAGAUGGCAAUAAUGGACAUGGAUUUGAAGAAACUUGAAAGAAGUUUGCCUAACAAGAUUUAUUGCUAUGCCCGGCCUGCAGAAAUCACUAAAAUAAAAAAUGAUCAUGGUUAGUGUUCCAUGAUAAAAUUUCUUUGAUAUCUUCAUCUUAACCCUACAGUGGCAUUUCAUGUAAGGGUAGAGGAACUACUUGUAAGCAAAGACUUCAGCACAGCAUUGAUCUAAAGCAGACAUUAAUAAGCUUGUAACAUUGCCCCUUCAAAUCAGAGGAAAUGUCCAUUUCCCCAACGGCAGAAACCCUAUGAUUUUUGGUCAAAUAUAGUAUCUUUGCUAUCUGUUUACAAAGAUGAUGUGAACAUAGAAAUUAUGUUUGGCGAUGUUUUAGAGAAGAGAGAUGGGCUGUGAACAAUUAUUUAGGUUUUGUUCUAGAGUGUGGAAAUAUCUGUUAUCUAAAGGGUUUAUUAGCCUAUAUAUUUGGGUCAAAUAAUAGCAAGUUUUUGCUAGCCUUCUGUAUGGUCAAAAUGAAGUGCAAAACGUUGCCUGGCAAUGAUUUUGUUUUGUGAAAUAGAGAAAUUUGUUGUUGGUGCAGACAUCUCGUUAUUAUUUUAACCGAUCUUCAAGUCCCAAGAGUGACUAACAUCAAUUUUCUUUUAACAAUAUUGACAUCGAUCAUAAAAAAGGUUAUGACAAGUAAUAAAAUGAAACCAAUUUAAAGGGAAAAUGUUUUGAUCUUUUAUCAAAUUCUUUCAACUAAUUCUUUAAGGAAAUAUGGAGCCCAGUUUGGAGAAUUUGUAGGUGGAUGUUUGGGGCAUAAAGAGUUAACAGAUGAUCCGCAACACAUCCUAAAGUGCUUGUGCAUGGCUUGUCAAUUUCUGUUUGAUGAAGUGUUGUCUUGUCAAAUUCAACCAGAAAAUAAUUUAUUAUCACUCAGUUUUAAGAAACCUAUGAAUUUAUGAAGCUGGUUAGUUUUUGGAGGCACCGCAAAAUCAAAUUUUCUUUUAUGCGAAUACCUUCUAAAAGAAUUAGGUUUCAAAUUUCACACUUGUUUUAACACUAUCCAAUUUGUAUGAGUUGUUGCGUUUCAGUUUAUUAGCAACUCAUUCACGAAUCGUACUGAUUGUACAAAUUAUAACUGCUCUUAAAAGUUUUUGUCAAUAAUAUUCUCACCUAUAAGUUGGCUCACAGAACUCUUUGAUUGGUAUAGUUUAGCGAAAGUUAAAUUGGAGAUAACAAAUUAAAAAUAAAUCAAGCUUCCAUAACUGGAGUGAUCAAGGUUUUAAAUGGAUGGCACAUUUUGCAUGUAACAUAAGAGAGAGAUUAUUCAUUCUUAUUACAAUGUAUUUUGCCACCUUGUAAUAUUACAAUAAUGUUAUUACAAAGAUUUGAUAGUACAUGUAUAGUAUAGCAUUGAUUUUAAGAAUGUUUAACAGGUCUUCCCUCCCCUGGUGCUGUGCCUUGAUGUGGAGUGAGGCUUGGGUGCCCAUGUUGUGUCCAGAGCUUUGAUGGUGGGAGCUUAUGCUCCUGGUGGGUUCAACUACAUGUAUGCCAGAUUGGUCUAAGGGAUAAGGGCCUGAGACUAAGCAGCACCAUAUCCUUGUCCUCAGGGUGGGGGUUUAGUGCAGGGCUAACAACUCUGUCUUGUUAAACACCUCAUGUUAAACCUCAUUAGGGAAAACAGGAAAAAGCACCUACUAUAGAGGCUCUGUUAGUGGAAGGGGACAGGCGAGCAAGUUGA